GUGCGCGCCGCGGUUCCGGUUGGAUUUUUUUUUCUCCAGCUCGGUGAUCUGACGCUUAAUCAUCAUGAGCUCUGCAGGCGGCGGAGAGUUCGGGAAUCCGCUGCGGAAAUUCAAGCUGGUCUUCCUGGGGGAGCAGAGCGUUGGUAAGACGUCUCUCAUCACCCGCUUUAUGUACGACAGCUUCGACAACACGUACCAGGCUACCAUUGGAAUAGAUUUCCUCUCUAAGACUAUGUAUCUGGAAGACCGCACGCAGGUGCGGCUGCAGCUCUGGGACACCGCUGGGCAGGAACGUUUCCGCAGUUUGAUCCCCAGCUACAUUCGGGAUUCAACCAUUGCAGUAGUGGUGUACGACAUCACAAACCUGAACUCUUUCCAGCAAACAUCCAAAUGGAUAGAUGAUGUGCGGACUGAGAGAGGAAGUGACGUAAUCAUAAUGCUUGUGGGGAACAAAACCGAUCUGGCAGAUAAGAGACAGAUCACAACUGAGGAAGGGGAACAGAGAGCCAAGGAGCUGAGUGUAAUGUUUAUUGAGACCAGCGCCAAGACAGGCUACAAUGUCAAGCAGCUGUUCCGCCGUGUGGCUGCUGCAUUACCUGGCAUGGACAGUACACCUGAGAAGAGCAAAGAAGACAUGAUUGACAUCAAGCUGGAAAAGCCACCCGAGCAGCCAGUGACUGAGAGCGGCUGCUCAUGCUAACAUCCUAUAAUUCCUUUUGGCCAGCACAAGAAAUUCUGGCCACCAUCCUAAAGCAUCAGAAAGGAAAGCAAAGCGUCUCUAUUUAUCUCUUAGAUUCCCAGUGUGUGGAUGCAGUGUGUGCUCCAUCAUCUUAACCGGGGUUUGGGUAACUCCCAGGAAAAAGAAAAAAAAAAGACACUGACCCCCCUUCAUCUCACUCAAACUGCAUGGUGUUGUGUACGGUCCGAGAAUGAGAAUGUUAUGUAUGUAUAGUUUUUAUUUCUUGCACUGUGGGCGCUCUGCCUGCCCUAUCAAUUCUUUCAGUGUGACAAACUUGCCAGAAAAUGUGUGCUGCCGUUCUCAUUUGUUCUUGUGAAUGCACCAGGAUGCAGCCAUAUUUACAGGAUGCGCCAGGCUUUGGAACCUCUCCUCCUUUAAAAGACAGGAAAAUCCAUUUAAUGCAUUAGGCAACCUCUGCAGUCAAGCUGUUGCAAAUUCCCAAAUCCCAGGGUGCUGGGAGUAGUAGCCCUGCCACUGCUGGUGUAUCAAGCACUUUUAUGGCGUGUAUUUAUUUUACAUGGCAGCUGAGCAAAUAUUUCACUAGUUAGUCCUGCUGUUAAGGGCCUGCCAAACCCAUAGCAUAUUUCUACUUACCUUUCCUACACAGUGCCUGUAACUGGUUAUAUAUUUAGCUGGGUCUUUAUAAACCAUGUUUGCUGUAACUGUAGGAACGACAAGGUUCAGACAUGGAUCUCCUGCCUACAGGUAAUCUGUAGUAAUCAUAAAGAUAUUACUUGUUUCCUGUGGGUAAAGUUCCUGCAAAGCUCUGUUUAUAACAGGAAACAUUCCCUAGCCAUAUGAGGAUUUGUCUCUGCUAACAUAGAUAACAGUGUACCUUUGCACUAGGCUUUAUUGCUUGUACCAGUCCCUGCACCCCCUCUAUCUUUGGCUCAUGUGUUGCUCCUGUGCUGCAUCCUGGUCAUGCCACUUUGCUGUUUCUUUGUAUACAAAGGUCUGUUCCCUGUUCCGGGGCAGCACCUCUGACCUGUCCGUUGUAUUGUUAUUGCAAAUUUCUGGAUUGUAAAAAAAAAAACAGCAAAAAAAAAAAAAAUGUUGACAAUGGAUAACUUAUGGUGAAAAUGUUCUCUUCACUUGAAUACUCUCUGGAUGUCUUAUAAUGCGUAUCUGCCCCAUAUUACCUCUUCAUAGCUGUUAUCCAAGUAGGUGUGAAUCUUACUGAGUAUCUACUAUAUGAACACAGCUGUGUCUCACUAAAUAAAAUGUUCGCCUAUCA